AUUGCUAUAUAUUAAAUAAGGAUUUAAGAAUAUGACAGAAAAAUAUAAUUUUAUUGUCAUAUAAUGAGGUGACAAAUUAAAUAAAUAAUGGUUUGAAUGAUUAAGAAGGAUUGAAACAGCGAUAAAAUAAAGUUUAUAUAUUUUAAUUAAAACAAAAUGAAGAAAUAAGAUUGGAAAUUCAUGUAGGUGUUCGGGGAUAAGGCAUCUUCUGACAAUGUUAGUGACGAGGAUAUCAUUUCUGCAGUGCAAUUUGAAAGGACUGGAAGAUUGUUGGGAUUAGGAGACAGAGCUGGUCGAUUGAUAAUAUUUGAAGUGCCAUUGAGUAAGAAGAAAGACAAGGCUGAAUAUUAAUAUUUGACAGAAUUACAAUCACAUACAAGGGAAUUCGAUUUCCUUAAGAGUACUGAUAUAGAGGAGAAGAUUAAUCAACUUUAAUGGUUGAGAGCACAAGGCAAGAAUAUGUAUAUUUUGUCAACAAAUGAUAAAACGGUGAAGUUGUGGAAGGUCAGUGAAAAAAACGUAACUAAAGUUAUCAAACCAAGUGGGAAGGAAUUGGCAAUGCCGAAAUUAUAAGUUGUCGAGACUGGAUUGAUUCCAAGUGUGAGAAAAGUAUUUCCAAAUUUGCAUAAUUAUCACAUAAAUUCAUUGACUGCUUCAAGCAACGAAGAAUUUGUUUUAACAUCAGAUGACUUAAAAGUGUAUUUAUGGAGUGUUGAAUAACCAUCCAAAGCAUUCGUGGCUGUCGAUUUGAAACCAGAGAACUUGGAUGAGUUAAGUGAAGUGAUAACAUCCUCAACAUUUCAUCCCACAUUGGAUAAUUAAUUUCUAUAUACAACCAGCAAGGGAAUCAUUAAAUUAUGUGAUAUGAGAAAAUCAGGAAUCUGUGACAAUACGGCUAUUACAAUGGCAGAACCAGAAGAUCCAGCCAAAAAGAAUUUCUUUACUGAAAUAGUUACUUCUAUCUCAGAUGCUUGUUUUAGUCGAAAUGGAAAAUACAUAUUCUCAAGAGAUUUCUUGACUGUCAAAGUGUGGGAUAUUGCCAUGACCAAUAAACCUGUUGCCACUGUUCAAGUAUUCGAACCUCUUAAGUCCAAAUUAUGUGACCUCUAUGAAAACGAAUCUAUUUUCGAUAAGUUUUCAAUCCAAUCAACACUUGAUUCAAACAGUUUUGUUACUGGCAAUUUCAAUAGUACCUUCCAUGUUGUCGACAGAUUAGGUGAAUGCAAUUCCCAAUAUGAAUUGAAUUUCAAUAAGAAGACUGUGGUGAGACAGAUCCCGCCUAAAUAUUUCGAGAAUUUGGGAUCAUCUUAUGAUUUUAAUCGUAAAGUCCAGAAAAUCAGCAUGUGCUAAACCCAAAACCUUGUUGCAAUAGCUUGCCUCAAUUGUCUCUAUUUCUAUACAGCAUGACAAUUAAUAUAUAUAUAUCAUAUAGUA